AUGCUCAUAGUAGGAAUGACAGGAAGUGGUAAGACUCAGUUCUUACUUAAUAUGUUAGAAACAGAGUACAAUAAAGUUUUCGAUUAUAUUGUUAUUAUAUGUCCAACAAUAGAAUGGAAUAUGACGUACAUUAAUUGGGCUCAUAUUAGUGAUCACGGAGUUAUACAAAUUCCAUGUUCGCAAGAAAUGAUCAAUCUUAUCCUCAAGGCAGUGUCCACCAUAUUCCGCGGAACCCAGGCUCUCAUCAUUGUGGAUGACUGUGCUGCGAGUCAAGAUGUAAAGAAAAGAGUCUCAGAACUGGUGCGCCUUGCAUUCUCCGCAAGACAUUACAACCUAUCUGUCAUUGUAAUUACCCAACAACUAUCAUCAGUAGCAAAACCAUUCAGGGAGAACAUUUCCAGGCUAGUUACAUUCUACAACCCUAGUCGCAGAGAUAUGAAGGUCAUAACAGAUGAUUACCUAAGUGGUGUUCCUCAGGAGACAAUUACAGAGAUUACAAAAAUACUAAAAGAUGAGAAGUUCACCACAUUAGAUGUACUCCUCAUUCACCCUUACACAUAUACCAUUAAACUACCGACUACGCAGGCGUAG